AUGUCUGAAACGGAGCACAUUUCAGAGACCAAAGAGGAACAAGCUACUGCUCCAAAGGAGCUACUGUUGAGAAUUGACCUACCUCUGGCUUUAAACAUUGAGGAGAAAGAAUUAUCUAUUACGUCUCAUUACGAUGAAAAUGUUGCCGAUUUAAGACAAACAUUGGCUUUAUUACCUACAACUCGAAACUUGACAAACUAUUCCUUACAUGUUCACGGUUUUGAUGUGGAAAGUCUUGGUGAAAUUGUUUCGUUUGCUGAGAUUAUCACUGAACUACAAUUGGGAGAUGUGGAACAAUUACGGGUGCAAAUCAAAGCCAAAGCGUACAAUUUGGCGUCAAUAUAUGAACAAAUUACCAGGUUUAGAGAUACCACUGGCCUCCAUUAUAUUGACAGAGUUGCAAGUGAUAUUGGUUCUCAAGGAGGUGUGUCUAGAUUCAACGGAAUCAAAUUGGACGAAUUGAAAGUUGAAGAGGAGAGCUCUCAAGAUGAGAAUCAGGAGAACUUGAAGAAUAAGGAGCCAACACAAUUAUCAAAAGAAGAAGAAGGACAAUUGAGUGCAAUUGUUGACUCUUUUUUUCUCGCAAAGGGUAUUGAUUUAGUGAGUCAAUCAAAGUUUGACAAAGUUAGUGAUGUGGUCAAGUUACCAAUUAGAUCUCUCAGUGUUUCUCAAUGGUCCCCGGUGCCCACUUUUCAAAAAGCUAAGGGUGAUCUUUUGUACUUGACUUUGCAAACUUUGGAAAAUGAAACGUUCAACAUUACAUGUCACUUUUCAGGUUUCUUUGUUAACAAAUCAUCAACAAUAAAUUUUAACCCUAGUAUUAAAGUCAAUGAAAAGGGUAAAUUUUUCAAGAACUAUUUGUUGUUUGAUUUGGUUUCUUCAUUAUCACCUUUGUUUACUUCUACUAUUGCUGAAAACGAACUCAAUUUAGCCAAGUCAACUGAGUAUCCAGAGUCAUAUCUUUUGCCAUACAAUUCAUUCCUUGCCCACCCAUGGAUUGUUGAUGAAAAAAGUUUGAAAAACACUCCUGAUGUGUCAAGAUCACAAUUACCAUUGAUCAACAAUGGUGUAGAUGGGUCUGAUUUUAUAAAGGAAUGGAACAAUGAAUUUCAAAGUAUUAAAGAACUCCCAUCUUCGACAUUCCAGGAACGUAUUGUUCGUGAUAAACUUAUUCAGAAGACAUUGUUUGAUUUUACUAAAUCAGCCACUGAAACGGCAAUGCAUAUUAUUAAAGGUGAUAUUGCUCCAAUGAACCCAACUGAAGAAGAAGACAAGUAUAUCUAUUUGAAAAAUGGUGUUUUCUACUCUACUGGUGCAUCAACUGUUGAUGGAUUUGAAAAUACAGGUGCUGAAGAAGCUUCAAGAUAUGUCGCUUCAAAAGAUCUUGCUGGUGUGAAAAUCAUCAAUAGACAUGAUGUUAAAGGAUUAUCUACAUUACUCACCUGUGUUGUGGACUAUAUGGGUAAAAGAGUGGUUUGUCAAGCACCAGUUCCUGGUAUUUUGGAUGCCACAGUUGGUGAAGAAGAAGAAAUUCAAGAAAAAGUCAAGUAUGGUUCUUCAUCGGAUGGAUCAAAGAUUCUUGAAGAUGAAUCUUUUGUUGAGCCAUUGAAACAAGUUGGUGAAAUUUUCCAUUUGAAACCACAUAAUGUUAAAGUCUCUGAUGAAAAUCAAUCACAAACGAAAUUGGUUGUCUCAAAAGAUACCAAGGGGUUGACAGGAACUGAUGGAAGAAAAUACAUUAUUGAAUUAUAUCGUACAGCACCACGUGAUAUUGAAUUUAUUGAAUCAAAUUUCAAUCCUCAAGAUUCUCAAUCUUAUCCACAUGGAGAAGCUUUAAUUAGACACGAAGCAGUUAAUGAAUGGUGGAAACGUAAGGUGUCUGCCCUUUUCAAAGCAGAGACUGAAAAAUUGGAAAAAGAAGGUAAACUUGAUACUAAAGAAGGUAGUGCUGAAGACGAAAAGCCACAAAUUGCAUUACCUACUGAUCAAGUUGUAUUCAAUCCUGAUGCAUUUUCAACAUCGUUUGAAUUGGACGAAGAUCGCGAUGAAGUUCGGGAAAUUUCAAAAUUCAUCAAGGAGAAAUUGAUUGGUGAAUUUUUGGAUAGUAUAAAACAACAAUUGCCUCCAUUUGAUGGAAAACAAUUGACUGAACAAUUACAUAGAUAUGGUAUUAAUAUGAGAUAUUUGGGAUAUAUCGCUGAUCAAUUGGUUGUCAGGAGAGAAGGGUAUAAGCAUGAAAUUGAAAAGAUUAUUUUGGAAAAUGUUGAAUUGACCAAGAAGGCCAAGGAAGAGGAAGAACAAAAGAGAAAAGAGGAGGAGGAAAAGAAAAAAGAUGAUGUCAAGAAGGAUGACGAAAUGAAGGGUGACGAGAAAGAGACCAAGGAGGGAGAUGAAGAAGAAGAAGAAACUCCAUCAAAAGCAACUUAUGAAUUAGCUGUUGCUAACUACAAUGCAACUUAUACCAUUGCCAUUCAAGAAAUGAUUGCAAGAGCAUCAAAACACAUUUUGAGAAAAUUGAUCAAGGCAAUCCCAACAAACCUUGUUCCAUCAGCUGUUGUCCAUUUCCAUAAUUGUUUACUUGGAGGUGCCAUUACUGAACAACCUAAAGUUGAAUUGGAUGAUUCAGUUGCUUCAUUCUACUCUUCUGAAGAGCUUUCAUUUACUAAAUUGACGCAUAAAGAUGUUGUUGAGCUAGUAUCAAGUGAAGUAUUUGCAAGAUUUAGAUUUCAAUUGCCUGGUAAUUGGAUUAAUGAUUUGGUGCGUAAACCACAAGUGUUGAGAGAAAUUGCGUUCCAAUUUGGUAUUCAAUGGAAAUCACACAAUUAUAUCUUCACUAAAGAGGAGUUUGAUGCUGCUCAAGAACAAGUGCAAGUUGAAGUUAUCGAAAAGAGGCCUUCCUCUUCUUCUUCCAAGAAAUCGAAAAAGAAGACUUCUUUACAAUCUCAACUCGUUACUAAAUCAAUCAAACGUGAAUCAGCUUUUAUUGCCGAAGAUAUCAUUUCAUUCACUCCGAUCAUCAAAGAUUCUUCAUACAAAUCAACCAUAAUUGAUGAAAUUUUUGCUAGUGCUCGUGCUCAAUUAAUUUCUGGAGAUAAAGAAGUUGGUAUGUCAAUGUUUACUGAAUUGGCCGCAAUCCAUGAAUCCAUAUACGGGAAAGUUAAUCCAGAAACUGCUAAAUUUUAUACAUUAUUAGCUCAAGUUUAUCAAGAAUUGGGUAUGGAUUAUGAUGCCGCAUUAAUUGGUCGUAGAGCCGUGGUUUUGUGUGAACGAUCAUGUGGAUUUGAUAGUCAUGAUACAAUUACUGCAUAUAUGAAUCAAGCAUUUUUCGAAGGUGGUAAUGACUUAUCGAUGAAUUCAUUAAAGUUGUAUAAGCAAGCUAUGGAUACGUGGUCGUUGGGUUAUGGAGUAGAUCAUCCAGCAAUUGUCAAUACAUUGAUUAAUUCUUCAGAGGCAUUAAUGAGAGUAAAACAAUACGAUGCUGCCAAGAAGUUGUUAUUACAAGCUUUGAAAUAUAGUCAAGAUUUGAAUGGAGAAGAGUCAGAAAUUACUGCUUUAAUCUAUUUCCGUAUUGGUAAUGUUGUUGUAUCGGCAAACAACAUUACUCAAUCACAAGAAUAUUUCGAUGCAGCAUACAAGAUUUUCCAAAGGGUAUUGGGACCACAUGAUUCAAUGACGAAACAAGUUGGUAAAUAUCAAUCUAAUAUUGCAUUGUAUGUGGAGUAUACUAAAGCCCAACAAGCGUCAAAGGAAAAGAAAGUGGCUUCUGGCUCUUUGUCAUCACAUGCAAAAAAGUCAUUACAACAGUCUAAAGUCAAACUUCCGCCAUCUGUAGCUGUUAACAAUGGUAAGCAUGUGAAUGGAAAGAGUAAUGGGCAUUCUAAAAAAAUGCAAGCUCCAACUCAACCCGAUCCUUCAAUUGCUAAUCAAUCAGUUGACGAAAUUUUGAAUUUUAUUGAAGGGCAUAAAAAGGCAUCAUCCAAGAAGAAUAAGAAUAAGAAGUAA